AUGGAUGAACAGGAGGCAGCUGGUCACGUGGUUGCCUCCUACACCCACCUCUCUCUGGGCUCCUAUUUCGAUCGGGAUGAUGAGGCUCUGGAGGGUAUAAGUCACUUUUUUCGUGAAUUGGCUGAGGAGAAGCAAGAGGGCGCCGGGUGGUUGCAGAACCACGCACUCUUCCAGCGUGUGCAGAAGCCAUCUCAAGAUGAGUUGGGUAAAACCCAGGAGGAGGCCGUGGAAGCUGCCUCGACCCUGGAAAAAAGCCUGAACCAGGCGCUAUUGGAUCUUCAUUCCCUGGGUUCUCUCCGCACAGAUGCUCAUCUCUGUGAUUUCUUGGAAAACUACUUCCUGGAUGAGGAGGUAAAGCUCAUGAACAAGACCGGCAACCACCUGACCGACAUCAAGACCUCCGACGUCUGUCCAUCAGUUGGUCCGUCCGUAGGCCGGGCGCAGCCAGCGCAGACUAGCGGGCUGCAGGGGGCUCUGGGCGAGUAUCUCUUUGAGCGGCUCACUCCUAUGCAGGACCAGGAGGCCUCCUUGCCUUCCACAGGGCUCCCUCCUCUUCUACACCAGCCAUUAGGACCUCCACCUGAAUGA